AUGCCAGUGUUCAGUAUACCGACUCCCGUUACUCCAACAGUGGACCAGCCUAAACCGUUGAUUAUCCAAAAACCGAGUCCAUUUCCAUUCAAUGAUCCCAAGGCAGUACCUUGGAAGUAUGAUGUAACCGCGAUUGACAAAGAAUCUGGGAAGGUCAUUCCAAGAGAAGAAGUGAAGGUUGAUGGUGAAAGUGUGACUAACAUAGCUGGGGCAAGCAGGAUGACUCGCAGUGGUCGCGUGUACACUCCCCGUUUUGAUGAGGCUCCACCUAGAGAGACAACUACUAACACUGCUGUGCCUGCCAGAGAUAAAAAUAAAGAGGUUGUUACUAAUGAUGAAGAUGCUGAAUUCUUAAGGAUCAUCAGGAAGAGUGAUUACAAAGUCGUUGAUCAGCUUCAUCAGACCCCUUCGAAGAUCUCUAUCCUGUCUCUGUUAUUGAAUUCACCCGCUCAUAGGGCUGCUUUGCAGAAAGUAUUGACGCAAGCUCAUGUCGCUCAAGAUAUUACUACCGGUCAGUUUGAUAGUGUGAUCGCCAAUAUUACCGCAUGUAAUACUCUUAGCUUCAGCAAGGAAGAGCUACCGAAAGAGGGCCCGAAUCAUAACCGUGCUUUGCACAUAUCAGCAAAGUGUCAAGAGGAUAAUUUAGCCAGGGUGCUUGUGGAUACCGGUUCAUCUUUGAACGUCCUACCCAAGAGAGUUCUUAGUAAGUUGGCUUACAAAGAAACUAUGGUGAAGCCUACUUCUUUGAUUGUCAAGGCGUUUGAUGGUUCUCGUAGAGCUGUUAUUGGAGAAGUGGAACUUCCAAUUCUGAUUGGUCCGCAUGUUUUCAAUAUCACUUUCCAAGUCAUGGAUAUCAAUCCCAAUUACAGUUGUCUACUUGGAAGACCUUGGAUCCAUGCUGUUGGGGCUGUGACUUCUACCUUGCACCAAAAGAUGAAGUUUGUAGUUGAUGAUAAGCUGGUGAUUAUUCACGGUGAGGAGGAUUUAAUGGUCAGUAAUUUAUCUUCGUUCCGUUAUAUUGAGGCCGAUGAAGACGCGUUGGAAACUUCUUUCCAAGCUCUUGAGAUCGCUAAUGCUGUUUUAGUGGAGGUUGAGGAGACUGUAGAAGGCCAGAGUAAUCCAUCAUUUGCAUCGUUGAAGAGUAGCAGAUCAACAAUUGACAGGGGCAUUCCUGAAGGUUGGGGAGAAAUAAUCAACGUCAAGACGAAGACUAAUCGCCACGGGUUGGGUUACAGACCAACUCAUGAGAAAGCUGCUACCUAUGCCGAAGGACGUCCGAAGAUUUACCAAGAAGUGUUUAUCAGCGGAGGUUUUCAAGUUAAUGUCGUCAGCGAGGGUGAUGAAGAUGACGAUUUAAGCAACCUGGUGUUCAAGAGUAGUGCAACAUUGAGUAACUGGGAGGCUAUAGAGAUUCCUGUUAUUUUCCCAGUGUCAAAGUAA